UCAGAAGGCAAAACAAGUGGUAUCGUACGAUUUCGGGGUGGCUAAGAAGCGAGUACGAGAGCCUCGAGGUACGCACGUUACAUCGCGCAUUCGUGGGAGGCAUGUACACAGACACAAAUGUAUGCGUUGAGCAGCAACAGCCGCAUAGCGACUUAGACUGACCGAGUGAGAAAGAGGAGUUUUCAGUGACAUUAGUACGCUACGUCGACAUCGAGAAAUCAAGACGAAGUGAGUGAUACAGCAAAUACAAAGUAAGUGUGCAUCGGAGAGUGUAUCGGAGUGGCUGAUGGCCAACAAACAAAGACGCGGAAGGAAAAGUCGAUAGAAACACGUUUUUGAUACCGUCUUACAUAAUUACUUCUCAGGGCUGAAAACGCAUACAGCGCGCCUCCAUAAGCCUUUUCUCUGCAGCUAUCCUUGUCCUCCUCCUCCUCCUCCCCGUCGCACCCGCCCCCGACGCCCAUGCUCUACCCGUACCCUCGACUACAACGCUACUUUUAAUACCAAUAAUGCUCCAUACUCCUCUCAAGCACUCCCAUUCCGUCGCAGUCGGCGUGCAUCCUCACGCCCACGCGCCAGCGCAGCAGCACGCGCAACCUCCCGCGACGCGUUGCUCUCCGCACGGCGUACACGCUCCACACGCUCAGUUAUCCGCUCAUGCGCACGAGCUGAACAUUGCAGACUGGCUGCACAUGUCUCCCGCUCAGGUAAGUCCUCUCAGUGGCCCGCAGCCACCAUUUUUUCUUUGCAUAUUCUUUUGUGUCUGACGUGCAUCAGGUCGCCAUGAUGUCGCCCGUCGCUGGACCGUACACCCCUCCCACUAAUCUUUUCGUCCCAACUCCGAGUCCGUUGCAGUACGUCACGAAUCCAAACGCGCGAAACGACUUUCUAGCGAAUUCGCCUUUGCCGUACUCGUCGCCUUUUGCGGUGCCUGCGCACUACGCCCAGCCGAGCCCUUACGCUGCAAACUCUAAUUUUCAGCAGACACAGGCCCCGGCCCAGAUGCCAUCCAUCACUGUUUCCGUUGACAAUACCCACCAUCUGCCCGAUCCACUCGCGGAUACGCAUGUCCAGGGCACGUCUAGCUCCGGCCCUACGGAUGCAAGCUUGCUCUUGUCACUGGCCACAGACCAUUUUCCGUAUAUGAGUGCUCCAGCUCCGAACUCGUCUUCAUCUACAUCGCCCAUCUCGCACGGCGGCUCACCGCUCCCCUUUCAGACGCUCACCGGCCCUAUUGGCGAGGGCGAGUCGACUCCUGUAACAACCCUCACCGGUGCAGACGAAUCCCAGGAGCGGACGCAGGCGUCGGCCCAAAAAUCUGGACAAAUGCACACCCUGAUCGACAGACUCCGGGGUGCUUCUCCCAUCACGGAAACAAGCAUGAGCGUCUCUGGUUCUCCCGAGCGUCCUACGAAUGCACAAGCAAAACCUAUCGAGAGCAUAGAGUCGCCCUUCCGCAUUGCUGCUCCCCAGCCGCGCCAGGGCUCUGGUCCGUUCUCCCCUUUACCUCCGUCCUCGCGUCCUUCGUCCGCACUCGGCGCACUUUCAGAACUUGCGGAGAUUGCCUCUAGGCAGCCAACGCCUUCUCAUCCACUCAGUCGUUCGACUGUUGCUUCCCCAGCACCGCAAUCUCAUCCUCCAUCGCGGCCUGUCUCACGUCCAGCAUCGGCAUUGAGCGUUCGCAGCACUGCCUCGCAUGCGAAACCACCGAAAGUUCGCCGGAAGCAGAUCCCUCCGCACAGGUUCUCUCCUUCCUUACUGCGCGUACAGCUUCCCUACCAGCAGACACCUGCACCUGGUUCCGAAGGCAUUGCCAAUGGCAAGCCUAUUACACCAAGCUUUGUUGACGGACUGGCACGCGGUCCACUGGAGUUUGAGGAAGAAGGGCAUCGAUACAGAACUCGCAGCAAGUUGCGCACCCUCAAGGCAGAGAUUCAGGAGCGCGAACGCGAGGCUGACUUGUUACUCAUCCGUCGUGGAUUACGUGGAGAGAAUACAAGUGCAAAUGCAGCAGAAAACGGCGGACUAGAUAUGCUUGCUAGUGUCAGCGUCACACGUCGUAUCGAACUAAACUCUCCAAGGCGUGCAGAGACACCCCUGUCAGGACAGAGUCAGAACCAGAAGGCUACCCGACCAAAACGUGCUAUGAAGCGCGCAUUUAAGGAUAUCGACGACGGUGACUCUGAGUCUGUCGCUACGUCGAGCGACUGUGGUAGCCGGACUCCAUCAAAGAGACCUCGGAUUGCGACGGAGAAGGUGGCAUUGGCCAAAGCAAAGAAGGAUUUGUCAGAGAUAAAGACGCUUCGUAGCCAUGCGUCUCUCGAAAAGACUUCAGCGCGUCCAUCACCUGUCCGUACUUUGAGUAAGAAAGCUGCUUCAUCUGGCAAGAGCUCGAGAGCCUCUUCAGCGUCCGCCGCUGUAAAGAAGACUGAGAAUGAUGAGAUGGAUGUUGAUGAGUCAGAACUGUCGUCACUUUCGAGUACAUCAUCGGAAGUGGAAGAUGCCAAGUCAUCCAACGAGGAUGCCGAUUAUGCGCCAAAGAAAUCGGCUCGUAGUGCUCGUACCAAAGCUGCGCCCACCUCUGCUUCCGUUGCGAAGACGAGUGCGUCGAAGUCUUCCCUCCAGACGUUCCGUUGCACGCCAGUUUCCCGUUGCUGUAUCGCAAGUUCCCUAUGUGUGGAUACACAGAUCCGAGUUCGUUCUCCUUUACACCCUAUGGGAGCUCUCCGGCUUCUUCCUCGUCGAAUUCCGCAUCCGAAAAUGAAAAUGGGAUGUUGGCUCCCCCUUCAUCCGGGCACUUCAAUAUGCCUCGCACUGCAGAGGAUCUGUAUACGCCCCGCUUCGUGAGGGGCGUGGGUCGCGACAAAGUUGGUCUCUGUCCAAUCUGUUAUGAGAGUCCUGAGCGUGGAGGUGCUUUUUUUGUCCUUCUCCCUUUCCUGUUAUCGAGCCUUACUAAUUGAUUUGUGCUUGCCUGUUCCCAGCUACCACAUGCAGUAUGCGCAUGGCAUUUCGCCGAUAACAGCUCUCCCGUUCUCACCGCCCAUUGCGUUCCGUACUGUGUCACGCUCGCCGAACCAUAAGAAUGAGAAGAGCGAAAUCUUGGAGGGCAAAUGUCAUCGAUGCCAGGAGUGGGCAGCUGUCGAAGGUGUCAAGUGUGUCGAGGCCAAGCUCAAGGAAAUUUAUUGGUGGAAGCAUGCCGCGGGAUGUCACAAGGGAUCGACCUUGGCUGGCGAUACCGACGUACAUCUCGAGGACGCCGUCUCGAGGCGCGUCAAGGCUGCUUUUGACGCUGUUCAAGCUCGUGCGCACCCGACUGUGCCUGUGCUGCCUAAUAUGGGCAGGCCAAAGGAACUGUUCACGACGACACCGCUUCACUAAGGCGAUAAUAUCUUACUCCGAAUAACGCCGAGGACGAGUGUUACGCGCGGAAAUUGUCACGAUAAUCAUCAUGAAUCUCUCGGGUCAGGUUAGAUGGGGCUCUGUGGGUCCCUUCGAUGCCCACCAACGGAUCGGAUUUGUUUUUCAUUUUACUUUAUCGUUUUCCCUGUUGGGCGUCAACUGCAAUCUCAGUCUUGCAUUCUGAAACCCAACAUAUGCAGCGCCUUUCUUUAUUUCUCUGUUUCAUAUUUCUAUUCUAUUCUCGAGUCAGACGCUUCUCAGAGCCGUCAAACCCAAUUGACAUCCCCUAUACCUCCAUCAUCAUUCCCGCUAUUACCCUCCAAGACAUUUCUCAUACCGUUACUCUAUAUAAUUGGGCUUGUGCGUGGUCGGUCGGUCGGAUUUCAUUUUUUCUAGCUGUUUCUUUUCAAUUUCCAUGGUAUAUUCUCGAUUUAUUAUCUGCCCUCGUAAUGUCUCUCGAUCUGUGCUUUCUCGAUUUUUCUUUUUCUUCUUUUCAUGGCUUGCUGCUCUAGACUUCAUUCUCAUUGUUCAGUGUAUAUAUUGAGCUCUUCCAGGCUCACUACCUCAUUUCUGCACUCUGCCCCUCACCUUGCAUUCUCUAUUACCCCAAGCAAUCCACAUAACCCGACAUGACAUUAAUACCCCAUCAUUUUAGCAUCUCGUUUGUACAUACAUGACUUGAUCUCGUAUUAUUGCACAUUCUCGGAUUCGGCAUUUGUUCUUUUUUACUCCUUAAUUCACUUUAUUCUCUGUUUUGGCUGGGUGGGUUGGUGUUACUUAUACUGGUCGUGCUAUUACAACACAUCGACAAGUAUUCGUCCCCAGAACCCAGACUUCAGCCAGCCCCUUUAUGCAGUGUCCUUCUAGUUUCUAAUUCUAAUUCAGGUAUCCCCUGUCCAUAUUAUUCCUUUUCCUCCCUUCCUC